AUGGUGCCGUCACCACGACCAUGUGUCUUCAGCGAGUGUAAGCGUCCGUCUCGAGCUUUGUGCAUUUUCUGUCAACAAUAUUUGUGCCUUGAUCAUUUGAAAGAACACGAUGAUUUAAUUAGUGCUCAAUUGCCACCUUUGGCCGACCAAAUCAAUACACUCUCAAAUCAAUUUAACAAAGGUGUUUUGAUAGAAUCAUCUAGUCUCACAGAACUUAAACAAUGGCGUGAAUAUGCUCAUAGAACAGUAGACCAAUUCUAUGAGACAAAAUAUCGACAAUUUGAACAAUUUAUUCAAGAGAGAAAAGACAAACAGAGAAAAGAACUUGAUCGAAUACGAAGCAAUGUAAAUAAAGUGAUUCAAGAACAAGAAGCAACACAAGAACAGAUUAAUUCAAUGACAGAAUCUAUUCGAUCUUUUGAACAAGAUGUCAACAACCUUCAACAUGUUCAUUUCCAUAUUAGUCCAUUGAUAAUUGAUGAAAAUCUCAUUUUUAUUCCGCCAAAGACACUGUCACGAGCUCUAUUAUCUGUACCAUCUGCACAUCAAACAAUGCAAUCAACAUCAGACACAGUAAUGAGCAACGAUAAUCAUGUACUAGCGCAUCAAAAACGUAGUCCAUGCGCCCGAGGUAAGCAAAAUACAAAUUUUCAAACCAGCUGUCUUUUUUUCUUUUGGUUACAAUCAUGA